UCUAUGGUUGGGCCAGAUGAGUCCAACAAAGAGUCUUUCGCGGCUGUAUCACUGAUCACUAUGAUAGCGACGCCGAUCAUGUUGACUUUCUUCCUGAAUGGCUGUGCGGUUGCAGUGCUUCCCACGACCUAAUUCAAUGAAAGCAGGUGCUUUCAGCUUUGCACCGCCCAGCGCUUUCUAUUUCUCUCACGGCCUGUGUCGCCUGUUGCCACCACCGUCUAUUAUUACGAUUUGUCGUCUAUACCAAGGCGCGGGAAUACUUGAUCCGCUGCCGCAAUGGCGAUGCAAACAUUCAUCUCCGCGCUAGCCCUGCCGAUCGCGAGCAAAGAUGGAACAACGCUCGGGAAAAUGAUCACAUACCGCGACGAGAAUUUGGAAGGCCGAAAACUCGUGUAUAAUAUUGGUGAUACUAGCCCAAAAGCAUUGUUAAUCUAUGAGAAAACUAUUAAGUCCCCGUGGGAUGCGAUAUCUAUUGCUCUCAUCUUAGUCAUCACCAACUUUCUUGGUGAUCGGUACGAAGAAGCAUAUCGAAACCAGGCUGUGCUGGCAUCAAGAUUCAUUGAUUACGCCCAAAAGGAGGCGCGAUGGGUUCUUCCAGCGUUACGGACAGUGAUAUUGGACCUCCGGCAGCUUGCAUCCCUUGCACAUCAGUUGUCCACCGGUGACAACAAGAAAUCCGACGCUUUGGAAGAUGCAGCGAGAAUAUGCAACAAAGCUUUCACGACGUGUUUGCUAGACCGGGCGAACAAGCUGCCAGAGUCAAGGAAAUGGGGGACAUACCAAGCAGUUGGCCAUGUUCUAAAAUGCUAUUUCAAGGUCCAAAAGACAGCUCUGAGCAAAAACAUCCUCAGAUCCCUGGAAGUACAAGAAUUACCGUCUCUUUCCGAGUACCCAAAAAGUGACCAGGUUACUUGCCGUUACCUAUUUGGCCUGCUCAAAUUCUUAAAUGAAGAAUAUGCCCAAGCUCAUAACGAUCUUAGUGCAGCACUGGAUCUUUGUCAUUAUGCUGCAAAGCGCAACAUAGAAUUGAUCCUGAGAUACCUCGUCCCUGUACGCCUGUUGCGAGGGACAUUCCCCUCGACCUAUCUCCUUUCCCAAUUUCCUCAGCUGCAACAACUGUAUACGCCCUUUAUUAACGCCAUCAGAACAGGCGAUGUGAAGCAGUACGACAACGCAUUGCUUUGGGCCGAGCGGCGUUUGGUGGAUGAAAAGGUAUACCUCUGUGUAGAGAAAGCGAGGGAGGUUUGCAUGAGAAGUUUUUUGAGAAAAGUGUGGCGCGCGAGCUCAAAACCGACCCGCCUCCCUGUUUCAACUGUUCAUAAAGCGCUGCGCCUCGUAGGGCCAUCGGACGUUCUCGCCGAGGAGGCAGAGUGCAUAGUGGCGAACAUGAUCUACCGUGGCUACGUUCGUGGGUACAUCAGCCAUGAGAAGCAGAUGAUAGUGUUAGCUGCAAAGGACACGUUCCCAAGUUUGCAAUGGCGCGCUGGAGUGUAAUAAUAUCACUGUGCUCAUAUGAUAUAUUAAUUAGUGCUGUAUAGCCCGUCUC